AACACAAUGGAUACUUCGUGGAUUCUACUGGUUUGGAUUUUGUUAGAAGGUACAGCAAAUGGUGCGGUGAAAACAUGGAUAAAAGAUCAAAGUGAACCGUGGGGUGAAAGUAAUGUCAAUAGCAACGAGUGUACCAUAUUCAAAAAGGAACUCGAGGGAUUUCUCUACAUGGACGCUCAAGAACAUCACCUUCAAGAAGUCAUUUUGCCGGUGGACGGUGCACUUGUCUUACCAACUCAGUCAAAAGUUCAAUUUUCCAAUACAAACCAAUGCGAAGCCGAUGAGAAUGAAGCACAUUUUUUGGGUAAAUCAAAGCGAUUAUGGUUUUCAACAUCAAGUUGGCAAAGCGAAGGUGAGAGUGUAAAUGUGGCAAAAGCGGAUAUUUUUAAAAUUCCUUGCGAAUGUGAUACGGUUGAGUUUCCGAGUAAAAAUAUCUAUGCUGUUGAUUUGCAGUUUGUCGAUGAAAUUGUAGUCGAUCAAAUUCUGAUCAACGAUCGAACGGAUAAUAUUGAACAGUUUUUGGAAACACCACUUGGGCAGAAAAUGUUUUUAAAUUCAGAGGCGGUUCAUUUCUCCAAAGGUUUUUGCGAUCCACAAAAAUAUUGUGGAUGCCAUAAUCAAAAUCGGUUUAAAAAAUAUACUGAAGUUUUAUGUGAAGAAGAAUCAAAAUAUUGCAAAGAACCGCAUUGUUUAAAUCCAAUCAAGCCUGAAGGUCAUUGUUGUCCGAUUUGUGGUGCAAUUUUGAACUUCAAAACUCAAGACAGUUGCGAUUUCAAUAUGACUAAUAUGAGAGAAGUUGGGCGUAAACUAAGGCGUUUUCGCAAUGGAAAAUAUCUAAAUAAAUUGCAUUAUUAUGCUGGAAUGGUGCCGGGCAAAACGAACACCGAAAAUAUUGUACAAUUAGUUGUGGCUGAAGUUGAUGACUAUUCCGGCAUUAGCGUUGAAUUUAUGGAUUAUCUCACAAAGGAUCAACAUUUUCAAGUUGACGCCCUACGUGAGCGCAUAUCUUCUGGCGAUCGAUAUGUCCGCGGAGAAUCAUCAGCAUUAACCAUUAUAUUCUUUACAUUUUUGUUCGUGCUAUCCAUUUACGUUGUAAUUUACGUGCAUUAUGUUCGUGAACCAAAGUAUGAUACUUGGAUGCCAAUAACGCGUUUGAAUCUACUUCGUCGUUCGGUGGCAUUUGCCAGAUUUGAAAAUCUUCAUAACGAUGAUGAAAACGGUAGAAUUGAUGUUGGUGUGCGCUAUGAAAGCGGCGACGAAUAUGAUGAUGAAGCCAACGAGAAGCCGAAUGAAUGCAAUAAUCCAAUGUAUGAACAGGUGGCAAUGGGUAGUGUUGAAACGGAUAUGUUGCAACCAUCAAGUACAACAUUACAGCAAACCGAUGAAGCGGGCUCACUAAGCACUGAUAUUAAAUUAGUUGAUAUAAGUUUGAAUGCAAUCGAAAUGUAAGAUCAACGCUGUCAAACAAAUUAUAUAUUAUAUAUUAUUUCAAUAAAUAAAAUAUCUGUUUGAA